UUGUGAAAAAGAGACUUUUCAAAUGCCUGUUCCCCCCUUCCCAGCCUCUCCACUCCCCUCCUCACAGGGAGGUGGGUCUAGGAUGAGGCAAAGUUUGAAAACUCCCAGCUGAAGUUUGAAGGGUGUCCUCCCGCCCAGGGGGAAGCGGAGGCACCCGCUGGCGUGUGGUGACAGGAGCCCAGGAACCUCUGCAGCGCAGAGCUGGGCAGCAGGGACUGUGGACAGCCCGGAGGGGCACCCCUGGGUGACAGCCCCCGGCUGUGAUUAAUGGCCUGGGCAGAGGAAGAGGGCUGAUUAGUUCCUGGGCAUUUUUUUUUAAAUUGCUAUUUUAUUUUUUUGUGUGUGUUCUGUGUGGGUUCGUGGUGUCGUAUGGAAGUGCCACAGGCGGCCGGCACCCGAGUCAGGAGGUGACCGUGUGGUGUGUCGCGCACAGGAGGUGAAGCACAUGAGGAGGAGUGCAUCGGCUGCUGCUGCUGCGAGACAUGGUAGGAUUUAGAGGUUUCCUUGCUGAGCUGAUAGUGGGAAGCAACGCGGGGUUUGCCCCAUGGGAUGAGGUAUCCUGGAGGUCUCCAUCCUGGGGGCAGCUGGGAUGUGCGGGACACUCGGAGGGUCAGAGCAUGGUGAGGCGAGCGAGGCAGGGAACCGCUACAGCACUUUGCUGUCCUUAAAAGCAUUGGGGUGGACCGAGCAGAUUGUAAGAAUGCACUAGGGAUGGACAGAACAGAUUGUCAGGAUGCCCCUAAAGGCAGUGCCUGGGGCUGCCGUAGCUAAAGCACGGCUGUCAGCCAGGGAGGUGAUUACACUCCGUCCGCCAAAACCCACCUCUUUGAAGUGGCCAGGUGGCACUGCUUGAGGCAGGCGAACAGCUCGGGGUGUAGGCAGAGAAGUGCAGAUAGAGAUCACGAAGAGCCGCUUUGUGCUUUGUGUUUGGUGCUGACAAAGCACAGCAGUUUCAUCGAAAAGCCACAAAAUCGGCCAGUUUGGCAAGGGAAAACUUCACGUCCCUCCCAAGAAAUGUUGUGCAUCCCCAGCAUCAGAAGGUUUAUCCACAUCUGUUGCGUGUUCCAAACCUUAGGGUAGUGUUUCAAGUCAUCUAGUGCUCCAGUUUGAAAUAUCCCUUGGCAGACCCAUCUGAGCAAGCACACAGCAGCUGAGCUGGGAUGGUCCCCCCAUGCCCCAUUACCCCUGCCCCACUGGGGGACAGGGGGAUGUCAUGCCAGGGAGUUUGCACUGGGGCUGGGGGGCUCUGUCCCUGCUUCACCACCUCAGCCCUUGCCAAGCUUGUGUUGGGCAGGGAUUGCAAACCUGUGAUGGAUGAGCUGAGGAGAUGCCUGGUGCUGCUGCCAGAAACUGGUCAUUUGUGUCACUGAAGCAUUUUUAUGUCCUCGAGAGUGUGCUGAUGACUCAGAGCAUCUCUGGGGACAAUGCUGCUGUGCCAGCCUUCACUGCAGUGUGUGUGUUUGUGUAUGGGGGGCCCUAGUGUCAUGCUUUACAUUUUCCAUCCUACGGUUUGCAUAGGCUGCUUUGGGUUUCUUAAUUAAUGAACUUCAGCAACAGGAAAAAAUGAUGGGGUUCAUGUCAACUAUUUUGGGGUCGAAGAUAACUCCUCCCUGUCAAAGGGAAAAGCAAGGCAACUCUCCCCAUACCAACCUUUUGUCUGCAGUAACAUUUUUCUGUACAAGCAUUCACUAUGAAGCCUUUCAAAGCCUGUACAGCCUGAGCCAGGUACCUGGUGUGGUCUCCCAUGUGUGAGCGGGGUAUUCACUUUUUGCCGGGAUUUCCAUUUUGCUUUGGCAAGGGGAGGUCUGCUUCUGCAGUCCUUUCCCCUUUGUGAACUCCUGCAUUGACUGCUUUGAUUUUGCCCAUAAUCUGGGUUUGCUCUGGACACCUGCAGGCAGGGCAGUGGUGGUCAUGAGGAAUAAAUCCAGAAUCUGUCCCUAGCUGAUCACCUUGUUGCUUCAUUUGCAGCAGAACCCUAAACAAAGUGCUCAAGAUGAUUUUUGACUCCUUUCAAGGUGACCAGGAGGGUGACCCCUUGCAGAAAGCCAGAGGGAUGCCAGCUGUGAGCUCCACUGUUGGUAUGGAGAGCACGCUUGCAGUCGGCUUCUUGUUGGAUCUGGCUGCUGCACAUGCCCGACCUGCCGCAGCAGAGUGCUGGGGGAUGACUGCAUUACAGAAACAUCUUCUUUCUUCUGGCUUCACAAUCUGCCAGCGAGUAGUUUCCAGUUGCUGUUGUUUGCCUAGUAUGAGGCACUCUAAAUACGAGGGGCUGAUUGUGCUGUAUUAAUGCUCUGGCGUAGAUUCCAAAUGCCUCAAUUACCCCUUCCACUUCCAAUGCUCAGUAACUCAGUAACUCCAGUCCACCUGCAGCUACUUGCCUUGCCCUGAAGGAAAAGCCCCUUUUCUGUGAGCCUGGCUGCAUCCUUGUACCAUGUUUGCUCUGCUUGCUCACCCCAUGGAUUUUGCUGGGAGAAGAUGCAGGCUGGGGGGUGGCUGCUAGGAGGCUUUGCCCAGGAUGGGGUCUGUGGGACACAGGCAGCACUCAGAGCCAAGUGGCAAGCAGUUUUCUGCCCCUUUUUUUCUCUUUCAGAUGUAAUGGCUUAACAGGAAGAAAAUAGGGUUGCCUUUCUGCAGCUGAGGCCAGGGCUGGUAUGAACAAUUCUGUUUUGAAGAAAGCCCACAGGGCUGAAAGGCCCCGCUGUCCUCCUUCUCCCUCCCCUUUGGAAUCCCACGAAUGCACUUUUCUGCUCUCCAGGAAGGGAAAAACCUGACAGUCAGCUCAGGGAAACCCAACUGUCUGAUUUGGGCAACCUCCACUGAAACUCCAACAAGGGAAUCCAGUGCUACUCCUUGCCAACACCCCAAAGAGGGUUUUGUGAGCCCCCACUAGGCACCAAGCAAGCAUUCCUGUUCCCUGGUGCUGGUCCACCAGUUAGAAAUGAAAAUUGAAAAUAAAUGGAUCAAAAUACCUCCUCUCCAAAAUACAGAAAAAACAUGAUAAAAUAAAUAAAACUGAACCAAAUGCCAAAAUGUGUGAGAGAUUUAGCAGCAUUCCAGGCACUCACAAGCAGGAUUGGCAAACUCAUCAAGAGCAGGAGGAAAUAAAAUGUGAUUUUAUUGUAAUGUAUUCCUCCCCAUAUUAAAUACAGCCCAGAACACAUUGCAAGAGGGACGUGACUUUCUGGCACCUCUGCUCUUUGCGUCUGUCACGUGCAGAGGAGCUGCAGCAGCACAGCCCCUCUGGGGAUACCAAACCAGAGCUGGUGAACAGCCCAGAGGUGCAGCAAGAGAAGUUACAGGGGUGAGGGGACUUGUGAGGAAGUGGGUCUGUGGCUCCCAGAUUCCAGUUCUUAUGUCCCUGGGUUUGGAAAUCCCAAAGGAGUCAGCUCGUACGCUAUGGUCUGUGGCUGGAACCUGCUGAGGAGCAGGACUGUGGGUUCCAGAAUGCCACAGGAACAAAUCAUAUUCUUCUUCCCCAGAAGAAGCUCAGGGUUGGAGGCAGUUUGUGUGUGGGACUUGGAAGGGAAGGAGUCCAGCCCAUGGACCACAGGCUGCUGCCCUCCUCCAAAGCAUUCCCCAUACAAACCCUCAGAAACAAAGGCAAGACUGUUCAAAAUGAGCGGGGCAUGAGGCGCAGAUGUUGCACAAAGGCAAGCCACAUCUGUUUCACUGGGGAAGGGGCCCCCUACUUGCUGGUUCAGCAGGCAGAUGGGAAAGCUGCUCUGAAAACUUACGGAGCUGAGUGCAACAGGCUGGCCAGGAAACUGGGACGAGGGGAGGGGGAAAAGGGAAACCUGGCAGGAGCCUGCACGGCAGUGGUGGAGUGUGGGAGCAACAGCCUCCCAAAACUGCUGCUUUCCCUUCCUGAUGUCCCUGCUAGGAAUUUCUAGGUUGUGCUGCUCUCAUGUAAGUGUGAGGGUUAGGGGAAUGAGCAGAGGGAGAGAGGGAAGAUGAGGAGGACCUCCCUUGCUAUCCUUGUGAGGAUAGCAGAACAGUUGUGCAUUCAGGCCUGCUCAGGUCCUCACUGUCUCCUGUGAACACGAGAUGCUGUUUCAGGUCCUCAGUGAUCUGGAUGAUUUGGGUGCAGGUUGAUACCACUUUUAGUGGUGAAAAGUAAGGGAGAUGUUUGCACAUGCAAGUGACAGCAGACCUGUGCAUCUCAGGGACACGUCCUGAAAGACUGCCAUCAAUCUCUUGGAAGAUGUGUCUCCAAGAAGUAGAAGAUCCAGCUAAGUGCAAGAGUCUGCAGUAAGAGCCCUGAGUCUUACUUAACUUAAAUAGAAGAAAGAAGGCAUCUGAAAGCUUUUACUUUGCUUACUUUAAGCAGAAGUGUGGCAUCCUGGAGUCUGUUUAUUUUUGUGGUGCUUUGUGUUGACUUCUGGAAUUAAACCAGAGUGGUCCUGAGCUGCACUGUACAUAGCACCAGGAUGAAAAACUCCCUGUCCAUCUCACACAGAGCUGAGUAUUAACUGUCUGCAAGCUGAGAUUUACACAGUGGGAGUGAGGAGAAUUACGAAUCUUUCCUUUUGCUCAGUGAAAAUCACAUGAUUUGGGGGUAAGGACGGUAUCAUCACAGGACAAGAAAGUCCCUGCUGGUACCCUGCAGGGUUUUAGUCCACACUUUAGUCUGCAGGUGCAGGACAAGGUCUGUGUCCUCUCUGGGUCCCCCCAGGCAGCAUCCCUGACCUUGACUGCUUCAGCUGCACCCCAAGGUGUGGUGUCCCCCAGCCAGGUGCUGGCCAUCUGUUUCCUUCAAGGUGUGUCCUCUGACUCCUGCUCCAGGUCUUCCUUCUUCAGAGAUACUGAACAGGAGAUUUGGGAUGCUGGGAGUCUUGCCACUCUUGUAAGAUAUUCCUGGAGAGGGACAGUUUACAAGCCCUGUGUUUCUGCUGUACUUCUUUGACACAUAAUGGGGAGCAGACAGUGCAAUGGGAAUAGCACUGUUAAACAGAGCAGUUUAAAGCUAUGGCUCAAGAUUUUGUUCAUCAAAAUGGUCCUUUGGAUGAUGGAUGUGUGAGAAAGGGCUGUGCUCAGCCUAUGGUUGUGCAGAGAAGAACCUCCACGGCAAGGAGCCUCUCAAAAACCAGAAAUAGUCAGUCUGGGUGGGAGGUUUAGGUCAAGAAACAGGACAUUUCAUCCCUAGGAAGCAAAAAGCUCGAGGGGCUGAUGCAGGGCCUGGAGCCAAGGACACGCCAGGUUAUUACUAGAGAGAGGCUGUAGAGCUUGAAGGUUUCCAGGUUUUUAUAAUUUGCUGCCCCAAGGCCAUAGUGAUAACUGGGAAGAACUGUGAAGGCAACAUUAUUUGAGAAGUUAAAGGCGGUAUGUUGGCACCAUCCCUUUGAAGUCAAUGCUCAGACUGAACAGUGCCAACACUCUUUCAUCCAUUUAUGCUGCUGCCAGAGUGCUGCCCUCUGCUAGUGCAAAUCCUGCUUGUCUCGCACAUAGGCUAUAAAUGAUCCCAGAAGCUUUGCAGACUGUCCAACAUUUAGCAAAGUACAGCAUGUUUUAAGGUUUCAUCCCAGGCAAUUUAACUCAGUCAUUUUCUGGUUUGAUUUUGGACAUGUUGGUAGGGAAGUUUGUGUGCCAGCUCUGAGGACUUUGCUGACUCUGCAGGGAAGGACCCAGCACCAUGUGGUGAUGUGUCACAUUUCCAUCUUCCUAGCUUCAGCUGACCCAAUGUUUGCCGUGACUCCAUUUCAUAGGCUUUAUGGGAGCAGUCCCCUUUCCCACCUUCUCAGUGCCUGGCUUGAGCUUUCCAAGCCACUUGUGUGGAAGUGGGGCUGGAGGAUCACCUUGAGCAGACAGGCAUGGGCUACCUGCCACAUCCCUGUCCUGGAACCAAGUGGGAUGAUCUCCAGGGUGUCUGCAGAGCGCUGAAAUAUAGUAGGGUCACGGUUUUCCCCUCUGGAAGGGCAUUUUUGAGGAAUAAAGCCUUCAUCUCUUGAGGAAAAAAACCCAGACAGAAAGCUGGUGUAGGUCUGCUAGGAAUUGCAGCCACUUUGAUAGAUCAUGAGGCCAGAUGAAGGGUUGUCUUAUUCUUCAUGCCCCGUGGCAAUGUGGGUGCAGGUGAGUUUUGGUGGAGCUGUCCCCAUGUGCUGGGGGAACACAGCAGACCUGCCCUCCUGGGGAGCCACUCUGAGUCAGAGCUACCUUUGGGACUGGCAAUCAUCAUUUAAUAGCUGUCUUUAGUAAAUUCCCACUGCGAGCCAUUAUCUUCCCUGAGCAGGAUAAUACAGGAAGGCACUUCAGCUCUUGAAUGAUGGGUGACAGACGCUGCCAAGCAUUUCCUUCCGCUCAGACUUGCCCAGUCACUCCAGGGAUGGAGCAGUUUUGUCUCCUUCCACGUCCUCAGCACGGUUAUGGGUCUCCAGCCCACAUGUCAUGCCCUUAACAAAACAAGAAAAGCUCCUGCACAAUAUGAAAAAGAAGAGGCUGAUCCAAUCCCAGAUCUGAUUGAGGCACCCGCUCUCCCAUUGCACCAGGAGCUGCUGUGAGCAACAUGUGUGGGUGCAAGGCUCUGGAGACAUUCCCAGAGGUGGGGGGCAGGCAGAGGAGGUUUUCCAAUUGUUUUUCAAGCAGUCUUUGUUGAAACUGGUCACGGCAGGCUGCACCUCCUGCUGCCCGGGCGGUUUUGCGGUUCAUUGGGCGGGCAGCGAGCAGGGAGCUGGGACGGUGAGCACAGCCCUGUGUGUUGCACCCUGCUCAGUGUGCACCCACAUAAAUGCACGGGUCUGCCUUUAACCUGCUCACUGGCACGUUGCCUUUGGCAAAGUCCUCUGAGCUGGGCAGUCUAGGGCAGGCAGGUGGCCAAGAGUGACAUGGCCAUGGCUGAGCCAUCCUGGCUCCUUUGGGCACCUCUUUGGGAUAGUGGGAUUUACUGCUGAAGGAGUCUUGUAGUGCCGGUGCAGGGGCAAGAGGACUCUUUUCAAUGCCAGAGGAAAGCAGGAAUCAAUCCAGUUUUCAACAGCCACGUAUUUCCGUGGCAUCUUUCUAGUCUCAGGGCUGUUUCUUACAUUCUUGGAUAAUGAAGUUUGGGGUUUGUUUUUCUUUUCUUUCAAGCUCGACAAAACCAAUUUGAUGCACUUUGAAAAGAAAUUGAAAACAGGCUUCUCUGCCUCAAAUUCUGCCAAGGUUCAAGUGUCCUGGGAAUACAGUGUCAAGGAUAACCCUCCCCCACCUCAUCCCCAGCUAGACUUAGAAAGUUUUAUCUCCUAGCAUCAAAGUUGCACAGCUCUUUACUGUGCCUUCAGAGUCUGGGCUGUGCUGUAUGUCUCUCUGAUGAGCGAGAAUAUAUAUUAUUUACUUAUUGGCAUCCUGGAACAAGUAGUACCUCUCUUAAGCCUUUUUAUGGGUUUUGCUUGCUGGGAAAAGGACCUAAUUUCUGGCAAAGACAUGCUGUACUGUCAGUAUGUCAGCCUGGCAAAGCAGAGCUGUACGUAUGGUUUGCAUUUUGGGCUGAAUCGAAGCCAUAGCUUAAACUGCAGCAUUUUUUUACAGCAUUGGCUCAGAGAAAGUCUCUUUGGAAAAGUAUUUACCCAGGGCUUGUAAAUACAGUAUUAUUUAUGCAAUGUUUUAUCACCUAGGUUAUUAUUAAAUUUGCAAUAUCAGCCGCCAGAAAUAACACAGAGAUUGUACUUGCACCUUUUUUGUUUCUUUUUGUUGUUGAUGUGGCAGGGAAACCCUGAACGGUGCUGGGGAGGGGAGCCUGAACUGGCCCUUGCCCAAGUUCACAGCCCAGGGUUUCAAAUUCAGGGUGGGAAAGCAAUGUAGCUCUAACUUGUGGUGCCCAAACCUGAGCUCACUGACAAGGAAGAUAAAGUGGUUUUGGACAAUAAUGAUUCCUUAACCACUUGGAUUGUAAACUGACUUGACAUUAAAAACCCAACAAUCGUUGUCAUCCAUUUGGCAUACUCUGUUCUCUUGCUGUGGGUUAAAAAGGAUUUUUCCUGCAGUGUUUUGAAGGUUGUGCAUGUGGCUCCCACAUGCAUUCUUCUCCCAGGAUACUUUUGGCAGACAGGCUUUUCAGAUACCCAGAGAUGGUAUAAGCAACCAGAGGGUUAUUAUCAGCUGGAUAACAAAAACAAUCACCCUGAAAAUCCUCCAUGCUGAAGAAAAGGGUUGAGGGGUUUUUUGGUGAGAGAGGGAUGGGCUGUGUCUCUCCAGAAGGGUGGGAUAGGGGAGGUUCUGGGAAAACAUGCCCGAGAAAGCACAGAUUGGGAAGGGACUUGGCUGGAUGCAGAUGGGAAUACUGAGAUUUACAGUUACCCCUAUCCUUUGGGAUUUAUUCCAUAGGUAUCGCUGCUGUUAAUUCAGCAUACUUUGAGGCCAGAGGAACAGAUUGUGAGGCACUUGCAGUGAUGAUUUGAAAGGAGUGUGGAUAUCAGGAUACCAGGAUCAGCCCUUUGUAUGCCACAGAGUUAUUUUACUACAAUUAAACUAGGAUUUAGACAUUGCACCUUCUCUAAACUCUUGCUCAGGAGGCCAGACAUGUUUUGCAGGUGUUUGAGAAAGAAUGUGUGUCUGCACUCAGUGGAAUUUGCUUGAAAUUCAGGGCAUGAAGGUCUUGAAUAGCCGAGCUUGGAUGUUGCUUGUGUCACUUGCUGUUGCCUGUGGUUCCACAGCAAAUAAAUAUCCCAUCCAAAUGGGAGAGAGCUGGGGAGGCAUCAGAACCAGCCACUUGACAGAAGUCCUGCUGCCUCUCAGGGUGCUUAGGGGUGCUUGUGCUCAUCCCCUCCCCAGAAAGGCACCCAAGACAAUGAUUUGGCCAUGUAGUUUGGUGCCUGAUGUAGCUAAUGCCAAGCCUUGAAUAACCCUGCUAUGAUCUAGGACAGGACAUCCCUCUCUGGACAGGCUCACCCUGGACUAGGUCCUUUCCACUCUGGGAAGAGAUAAAGCAGAGGUCCCCUGGCAGUUCCCAAAGCCCUGUAGCAGACAGCCCCUGGUUCCUGGCAGAGGCUGGUGUAAACCCUGUCUGAAAAAAGGAUUUAGCCCAGCAGAUAUAUUUUGCUGCACUACAUUGUAUUUCUGGGAGAGGAGCAAUUAAGUGAGAGCUAUAAAGCUGAAUCACUCCGAGUGCACCAUCAAUAGCUCUUAUAAACUGCAUUAAAUCUGCUCAGCCCUUGAAAGGGAGGCAUGAAAGGAGCACCCCUAUGGCUGAGACCAGUGAGUCAGUGGCUCCUCUUACCCACCUCAGCUGAUAUAGUGUCUUUGCAAGGGAUGUGGCUCCACACCAGGGGGCUGUCUGAAGCAGUCUCCCCAAGAUGAGGACAUGAAACCUGAAGAAUUUUAGAAUAGUGCUGUGUUAGCUCAUAAGCUCAUGCACUGGGGUCGCCUGGGGCAGCUGCUUGUGGGGCAGGAGUUGUGCUGGUGGUGGGUUCCUGUGGUCAGUGGGAGACUGUGGUCCUAAAAGCCCAUGGCUGGAAAUGCUUUUGCCUGCCCAGCUGCUUUCUGGAAGUAAUUCUGGCUGCUGGCUCUCACCUCCCCAGCUUUUUAGCUCUUUUUUUCAAACUUUUCCUCUUAUAAACAGUCUCUUAUCCCUUCUUUGGCAAUAUAUUGUCCUGCUGUGUCUGCCAUGGAUAUGCUUGUGCUUCCAAAAUAAAUAAUUGUAAAAAAAUGUAUCCACUUGACCAUUGCCUUGACUUCCAAUGUGGGUUUGAGCUGCUUGGAAAUGCCUGUUGAAAGCAGAGAAAUGGCACCAAUAUGCUUUUUCUGGCUCCAGCCUCCUGAAGUGUGUGAGGCUGCCCAAGUACCUGAGUGAACAAGGCAUGGGUGCAGCAUGGUCCGAGGACUGGAUUGGCUUGGAGAAUGUCACAGUGCUGCUCCACCACUGCCCUCUACUUCAGCCUAAAUGGGAAUGUUCUGUGCUUAGGGCAGCCCCAGCUGUUUAAAGGCAGUUCCUGAGUGCUGGGAAUCAGAAUACUUUAGGUUUCACAUAUAGCAUAGAUUGUAUCAUGGACUCAUAGAAGGGUUUGGGUUGGAGGGAACCUUAAAGAUAUCCAAUUUGAACCUACCUGUCAUGGCAAGGACACUUUCCACUAGACCAGGUUGCUCUGAGUUUCAUCCAAUCUGGCCUUGAACACUGCAGGGAUGGGGCCUCCACAGCUUAUCUGAGCAACUUGUUCUAAUGCCUCAACACUCUCACAGUUAAGAAUUUUUUCCUAAUAUUUAAUCUAAACCACUGUUUCAGUUUAAAGUCCUUUUUCCUUGUCUUGUCACUUCAUAUCCUUGUGAAAAAUCCCUCUCCGGCUCUCUUGUAAGCCCCUUUAGGCACAGGAAGGUGCUGUAAGUUCUCCCCAGAGCCUUCUCUUCUCCAGUCUGAACAACACCAGUUCUCCCAGUCUGUCUUCACAGGAGAGGUGUUCCAGCCCUUCAAGAGUUUGCAUCCUUUUUUUAAAAAACAGCCUGUCACAGGUUCUGACUGAGACUUGGAGCUGCCUUCUUUUGCUGGAUACAGCAAUGGGCAGAGCUCCAGAGGCCUUGUCUCAGCAUUGAGAAUUGAGAUAUUCAAGUUAUGGGUUCAGUGUGCAACCAGAAUAGAACCGGUGAGGGUGCCCAGGGGAAGGUCUGAAAUACAAAACCUCUUAGGAACUGGAAAGUGUUCACAGCUAGACAGGAAUUUACUAAUUUACUCUGGUUUUGGUAUUUUUUCUUUUUCUUUUUUUUUUUUUUUUUUUUCAUUUCUUGAGUCUUUAAAGUAAAAUAUUUGACCAUGAAAAAUUCACUGCCCAUAAGGUCAGUCUGUACCUCAGCGCUGCAGAUGUGGCAACCUCUGUGUGGGGAACGAGGCCUUGCUCUGAUUUGCUUCUGAAGGGACUGCAGCUAAUUUCUGGCACAAAUCAUGGCACCAGCCAUAACCCUCCUCCUACAGUGCUGUGGAGGCAGACAGCCCUUGGGGAAUACCUCUUGCAGGGCUCACACAAGCAGAGGGGCUGCUUCUCUGAACCAAACCCUACCGAGGGCUCUGCCUGCAGCAGCGCUCCAGCACCAUCUCACCCUUCUGUCCCCGCAGGUGCAGCGCCCAUGGCGACGGACGGGGAUGAAGGCCCCAGCCCCAGCAGCCGUGGGGGUGCUGCUGGCCCUGGCCCUGCUGGCUCUCACCCACCUGCCCCCGCCGCAGGAACACUCCCUGCUGCCGCUGCCGGCCUCGUCCCUGCCAGGGCCCCCGAGGGAAGCGGCUGCCCCGCUGUCUGGAGGACAAGCCUACGGGAAAAGGCUCCCCAUGGCCCGCACUCGCCUGCGGCAGGAGCAGGCCCCGGGCCGGGGCAGGCGGCGGGGGGUGAGGAGGGACACUCCCCCGUGGCUCUCUGCUGACGACCUCCAGAAGAUGUGGCUGCUGUCCACUGGGCAGGUGGUCUCCAAAACCCGUGUGCCUGCCCACGGGCAAAUCAUGCGAGUGGGGCUGCGAGCCGUAGGGGAUGCCAAGGGGGAUGCCAAGGGGGACGUCUCGCCAGCCAGCCCAGAAGGAGACUGCCAGGAUGGGCGCUGUGGGCUCAUCAAGCGCCCCGGGGACCUGUACGAGGUGCUGGCCUUCCACCUGGACAGGGUGCUGGGGCUGAACCGCAGCCUGCCCGCCGUGGCCCGGCGCUUCAGCAGCCGCCUCCUGCCCUACAGCUACACCGACGGCACCCUGCGCCCCAUCAUCUGGUGGGCCCCUGACCUCCAGCACCUGGAGGAUGCAAACAACGACCAGAACUCGUGUGCCCUGGGAUGGCUGCAGUACCAGGAGAUGCUGCAGCCCCACAGACCAAUGCUGGUGGCCAGGGACGCUCCCUGCUCCAGCAUCCCACCCAGCGAGUGGAGCCGCCUGGCUCUCUUUGACUUUCUGCUCCAGGUUCAUGACCGCCUGGACCGCUACUGCUGUGGGUUUCAGCCUGAUCCCUCUGAGCCCUGUGUGGAGGAGAUGCUCCACGAGAAGUGCCGGAAUCCAGCAGAGCUGGUCCUGGUCCACAUCCUGGUCCGGAGGAGUGCACCGUCCCGCCUGGUGUUCAUCGACAAUGCGGGCAGGCCACAGCACCCUGAGGAGAAGCUUAACUUCAGGCUCCUGCAAGGCAUAGACAGCUUCCCAGCGGCGGCGGUGGCCACGCUGCGGUCGGGCAGGUUGCAGAGCCUGCUGCUGGAGUCCCUGCACCUGGACCAGGAGCUCUGGGAGAGCCAGGGUGGCGCCGAGGGGCUGAGACCCCUGCUCCGGACCAUUGACAGGCGGGCACAAAUCCUGCUCCGCCACAUCCAAGAGCACAACCUGACGGUGUUUGAGGACUCACUGCGCUGAACCGACCUCCGGCUGGCUCACAACGCCUGCCUUGCACAUCCCAGCAGCCAUGGAUGUACCUCAUGCCCUCGGCAUGGACGUUAGGAAGCUCUGUCCUGGUGCUUGGCUCUCCACAAGGUGUUUCCCCUCAUCUUGUAGGAUGAUCUGGAGAAGCAGAUGGAAUCACAGGGAGUAGGAAAGAUGGGGAGGAGAUGUCUCCACAACUGCCUGAGAAAGGCAGCAGUCAUCAAGUUACGGUCUCAGCAUGGAUUUUCAAAGGAAGGGCACAUCCAUGAGGUUUGUUGGGUGCCUUUACUCACACACGUAACAACUGUGAAAACCGGAGGCUUGGACAAUUGGACAGCUGUCAGGGACCCUGGAAAGACUUAAAGAAGCAGUGGAAGAAGUCACUGGCACCCCUUCAAUGUCUUGUACUGGGCUUUUUGAUGUUGCCUUCGCUAUUUACAAAACAUCCCAGACAGAGGGGCAAGGGGAAAGCAGAGGGGAGCUUUCUAAGUGGAUUAAACAAAGACACUGGAGCUGAGCUCUGCCUUUCCCCCUGCAGAAGAGGUGAUGUGUGCCUCGCAGUGAGUGUGAGCCACUGCCUGAAGCUGAGACUAGGCAGGACCUUGGGACUCAGCAGCACUGGGCAGCAGCUGCCCUCAUGGAGCCCAUGGUACCAUCCCCAGUUAGAGCCAGUGCUGUGUGCCACAUGCCAUGAUCCAUGCACAUGCCUCAGUGGGCCUGGGCUGCUGCCAAUGCUAUCAGUGUCGGAUUGGAAGACUCUGAUCUCUCGUUCACUCUUUCCCUUCACUGUCAGGGGAUUAAAGGCAAAACUACCCCAUUUCUGAAAAGCACUCCUGGCUGCUCUCUUUGGGAAUGACUGCAUGUAACUCUUCCCCAGGCUUGCAGAAAUACAUUUUAACAAAAAUGCCAGGCUAUUUUAGCAGAAGGCAGUCGAGCGCAAAAUGCUUUCUGAGCACGCUGGCGCCUCCGGCAGAGCCCAUCCUGUUCCUGUCACCCCUCAGGCUCUUGCCCAGCAGCCCACUCUGAUGAAGCACAGCAGCAUCCCAGCUAGGCAAGUCCUCAAGUGUCAGGGAUGAGACAUAAUUCAAAACCAAAAUGAACAGGAGGAAAAAAGAUGCAGGGAUGGGCUUCAUCAUUCCCUGCAGUGUGUUUCCCAGCUGAGGCAUGUGGUCAGUGUUUGCCUGGAGCAGUCAGUUCUUGGCCUGUGAGUUUAUGGUUCACACCAGAAGGCUUUUUAAAGGCCUCCAUUUCUCCAGUGUUACAGGCAGAGCAUCCAUGCUUCAGGCACUCCAAUUCACUUGUGCCUUUGGAAAGUCUCAGUGAGGUUGGCAUGGGUAGCCAGCUGCACCAUGGUGCAGCUGUCCCAUUGCAAUAGCUUUGGAGAACACAGCUCCAAAAUGCAGUGGGAGGGGAAAAGCUGGCUAUGGAUACCUUCCCUGCUCCAUCCUUCUCAGCACUAUGGCAGUUUGAGAGCCUGCAAGGGAAUGCUUUAACACCCAUGUAGAUAAGCACAGGCAAUUACCUUUUUUCCCCUUUUCCCUCUUGCUGAAGAGAGGAUGAAGUGAGACGUGGGUGACAUGAAUCAACAAGCAAGCACAAGUGCUGUCAGGAAGCAUCAGCACUCAGCAUCACAGGCACAGCAGCAUCCAAAGUGCCAUCAUCUUGUUCCUGGAGUCCUGCCCUCCAAUUAGCCAGGGAGAGCCUUUCCCCCAGCACUCUCUCCACCCCGUGAAUUAUCACCCCAUUUGCUGUGCCAUGAGAUGGAUGACGGUCAUGGAAACCCUGCUAAAGCUUGAAUUGUGGGAAUUUAUUAUUGGGAGGUGAGCUUAGCUUGUAAGCUUGAAAGAGAACAAAAUAACUCAUCCUGGGUCCUAUGAAAAGCCGUACCCAGGCAUGGCUAUGUAAGAGUAAAGGAUACUAAAUGUAGCAGAAAUCCAAAAAAUACUCCGGGAAAAACUGUGAUGUAACAAGUGCAUAGGCUAUGAUGUACAGCAUCAGUCAGAGUCUUGCUUUUUCUCAUUAAAGUGAGAAAUUUCAUUAAAGAUGAGGUUUUCUUCCCAUGUUCUCAGCGAGAAUCAAGAGACAGGUGGGGGCUCUGCACAUUGGCCAAAGCUGUGGACAUUGCUGAGCUGGACCAGCAGCUUUUACCUUGCCUCUGGUUGCAUCUGCUUGACCUUAACAUUGCACAAGGUAGUGGGGCUUUUUUGCAUUUCUUUAGUUGUAACAUGAGU